AGCAUCAAUUCCUCGCCGUUUUUGCUUCCUAUGACUUCAAUUCCAUGGAACACUCAGUUAAGAGAGCUUGCAAAGCAAGGCCAAUAUCUUCAAGCUCUAAAUUUCUACCGCCAAAUGCUGCGUUGCGGUUCCAACCCAAACGUCUUCACUUUCCCCUUCGCUCUUAAAUCCUCUGCUUUCCUUUCCCUUCCUUUGUCCGGCCAACAACUCCACUGCCACAUCAUCAAAUCCGGGUGUUCCCCGGAACCCUUUGUUCUUACUGCUCUAAUCUCAAUGUAUUGCAAAUUCAACUCCCUCGAAAACGCCCGCAAAGUGUUCGAUGAAAAUCCAUUAUCAAAUCAAUUAACAGUUUGUUACAAUGCUUUGAUUUCCGGAUACGCGUUAAAUUCCCGGGUUUUUGACGUGAUUGCUUUGUUUUGUGGAAUGAGAGAAAUGGGUGUUUCUAUUAAUUCAGUUACAAUGUUGGGGUUGGUUCCGGUGUUAUCAGAACCAGGGUACUUAAGCAUAGGGAUGUCUUUUCAUUGUUGUUGUGUGAAGUUAGGGUUGAACCUUGAUUUCUCUGUUUCUAAUUGUUUACUAACAAUGUACGUAAAAAGCGGGGCGGUUGAGUUUGGUAGGAUGUUGUUUGAUGAGAUGCCCAAAAAGGGUUUGAUUACUUGGAAUGCUAUGAUUUCCGGGUACGCCCAGAAUGGACUUGCGGCUAAUGUUUUGGAACUUUAUAAAAAGAUGGAAGCUUCCAAGGUGUGUCCAGAUGCGGUUACAUUUGUUGGGGUUUUGUCAUCUUGUGCUCACCUUGGUGCUAUUAGUGUUGGUCGCGAGGUUGAACAGCGAAUAGAGUCUAGUGGACUUGGUUUGAAUCCGUUUUUGAAUAAUGCACUGAUUAACAUGUAUUCUAGGUGUGGUAAUUUGGUUAAGGCUCGAGCUAUUUUUGAUGGUAUGCCUGUGAAAAGUGUGGUUUCAUGGACAGCGAUUAUAGGUGGCUAUGGAAUGCAUGGAUAUGGAGAGAUUGCGGUGGAGUUAUUUGAUGAGAUGAUUAAGAGCGGUAUUCGGCCUGAUAGUGCUGCAUUUGUGAGUGUUUUGUGUGCAUGUAGUCAUGCAGGGUUGACUGAAAAAGGCUUGGAUUAUUUUGUUGAAAUGAAGAUGAAGCAUCGGUUGCAGCCAGGUCCAGAGCAUUAUUCUUGUGUGGUGGAUCUUCUAGGUCGGGCUGGUCGCCUAAAUGAAGCUUUGGAGCUCAUUAAAUCAAUGCAGGUAAAGCCAGAUGGUGCAGUCUGGGGGGCCCUUUUGGGUGCCUGCAAAAUUCAUCAAAAUGUAGAGAUAGCAGAGUUGGCUUUCGAACAAGUUACUAAGUUUGAGCCUACAAAUAUUGGUUAUUAUGUUCUAUUAUCCAAUAUUUACUCUGAGGCCGAUAAUUUGGAGGGAGUAUUAAAGGUUAGAGUAAUGAUGAGGGAGCGGAAGCUCAAAAAGAAUCCAGGAUUUAGCUAUCUUGAGUAUAAAGGGAGAGUACACCUUUUCUUAGCUGGGGACAGAAGCCAUCCUCAGAAAGAGGAGAUAUAUAGAAUGGUAGAUGAGCUGGAAACUUUGGUGAAAAAACUUGUUGGCUGUAAAAACGAUGAAGAAAGGAGAAAUAAAGAACUGUUCCUUGGGAUGGGUGUUCAUAGUGAAAAGUUGGCGAUUGUGUUUGGACUGUUGAACUCCAAGCCAGGGACAGAGAUUAUCGUGAUAAAGAACCUUAGAGUGUGUGAAGAUUGCCAUUUGUUUCUCAAGGGUGUCAGCAAGAUUGUGGAUCGUCAACUUGUUGUUAGAGAUGCAACCCGCUUCCACCACUUCAGAGAUGGACUAUGUUCAUGCAAAGACUACUGGUAAUAUUCACUUGAGGUCCAUACUGCAAAA